AGGAAAAUUUGUCUUAAACUAUUUAUUUCAAAAAUAAUAUACACAGUGGAGUAUAUUGUGACCAGUCAAAAUAUGACAAAGAAAUGUGCAGGUAUUUGAGCUCACCAUAUCUAUUAAUCAGGCUAGAUGAUACAUAAAGCAGAGUAUAGCACAGAAAUAAAACAGACCAAAUUAAGCUAGAUAUUUUCACAUGAGCUCUGUAGUUCUGACUUGGUUUGGUAUAGAUGACUGGAAUUACUUUGUACAGAUCCAGUAAUAUAGUAAUAUGCUUGUGCAAAGAGUCUGAAAAUAAUCUGGAAUCAGUUCACACAAGCCCCACAUUUAAAAAGCUCAGGGAGAUGAACAGUGAUUCAGGACAAUGCUUCAGUAGGUAGCUAGAGACCUAGAACCAAGUAGGAAUGGAAAGGGGGAGGGUGUGUGUGUUGGGAUGAUGCUGGUUGGAUUGUGCAAAACCAUUCUUUUGCACAAGAACAACAGAUUGCAACACAGAGGCAGGAAAUAUGGGUGGUGAUGAUGGGCUAUGAGUAGAUAUAUAAUAGUAUGUGAUUACCACCAGGUAACCAUGGUAGGAAAAAAAGGAUUAUGUAAGCUCCAGCAAAUAUGCCCUUUGUGAAUGUACUCUUGACAACAAAUGGUUUGUACUAAACUAAUGAAAGAGUGAAGUUCAGAAUCUGUUGCUCUUCUGGAAUAGCACUAUAGACAGGGCUUUUUGAGCUGCUUACAAUGAAACAGCAACUUGAAGGAUUAGAAACUGUUAUGGGGUAGAGGAACGGAAUUCCCUCCCACAAUGAAAGGGGGAAGUAGAAAAUGAUUAAAGAUCACUGCUUCACUUAAUUUGUGUUGGGUCUUCAAAUUAACCUUCAUUUCGAAUUCAAACCAGGAGUCUCAUAAGCAACCUGUAGAAUAACUCUAGAGAAGUUAUUCUACAGCUUCCUCGUAGCUUAGGAACAUAGCUAGAUGAAUCUUUUCCAUACCAAAGGGAGAUGGUCUUCCUGACCAGGCUCUGCGCUAGAUUUCAAUGAGGCCUUCUUCUCUAUUUCCCUAGGAAAGCAUACACUAUAUAGCCUCUUGACUUGUCACUCCCCGCUGGAGCUCAGAGAGAAGAAACAGGGAGUCAUCACAGGGCACUUCCUUCCUCCUCCCUUGUGCUAUGCAGCUACUUUUUGUUUGUUGGUUUUUAAUAGCAGCUGCACCCACUUGCCAAGUCACUGGUUACCACUGUCACAAGCCAUGCUGUGCUUUUAUUGUUACUGUUGAUUUGUUUUGCAGAGAAGGGCCUUGCUUUAAAAAGUAGGUGGGACAAAGAAAUGGAUGAAACCGGGAGAAAAAAAUAAAUCUAAAUUGAACUGAAGCUUAAUUCAAAUUAAAGCAGGAACCAUUCAUAUUAUUAUGUCCACAUAUUUAAUACAUUUCAUCUUCUCUUGCAUUAAAAAUGACAUGGGUACUUGGAUUCUGCAUCUCUAUGAAAGAGGCAUUAGUAUCAGAUACCCCAAGCUGCUUUUCUAUUUGCUGCAUCUCAGCCCUAGAGACUAACUGCCCACAGUGUUUCAGCAAAUUUUGGAAAUAAGUGUGCCUAAAACAUCUGGUCCCCUUUAACACUUUUUUUUCCCAGUCAUGAAAGAGGAAACCAACCAGAGUGAUAUGGCCGAAGACCUGUGUAAGAUGGGAUCAGAGCGCUCCCUUAUGCUGGACAGACUAGCCAGUAACGUCGCCAAACGUAAGAGUUCUCUGCCUCAGAAAUUUGUUGGUGAGAAGUGUGUAUCUGAUAUUCCCUAUGAUGCAACCACCAAUUAUGAGAAGGAGAAUGAUAUGAUGCAAACCCAUGUCAUCGACCAGGCUAUUAAUAAUGCCAUCAGCUAUCUAGGGGCAGAAUCUUUGCGCCCUCUGGUGCAGACACCGCCUGGUGGCUCUGAAGUAGUGCCUGUCAUCAGUCCAAUGUAUCAGCUUCACAAACCCCUUGGAGACAACCAUGCUCGAGCCAAUCAUGCAGCUCAGGACAGUGCAGUGGAAAACUUGCUACUACUUUCUAAAAGCAAGUCCAUCUCUUCAGAAAGGGACCCUUCACCCAGCAACAGCUGCCAAGACUCCACUGAUACCGAGAGCAAUAAUGAAGAACGUAGUGGUUUAAUAUAUCUAACAAACCACAUAGCACCUCAUGCACGGAAUGGCCUGUCCAUAAAAGAAGAACACAGGCAGUAUGAUCUCCUGAGAGGAAGCAAUGACAGCUCGCAAGAUGCUUUCAAAGUAAUCAAUGGCAGUGGGGAGCAAGUAAAAGUCUACAAAUGUGAACACUGUAGAGUUCUGUUUCUAGAUCAUGUAAUGUAUACCAUCCACAUGGGCUGUCAUGGGUUCCGUGAUCCUUUUGAGUGUAAUAUGUGUGGCUAUCACAGCCAGGACAGGUAUGAGUUCUCUUCUCACAUAACUCGAGGGGAACACCGCUUCCACAUGAAUUAAAACUUUUGCUGUAUAUAGUAUUUGGUCAUACAACGGGAGCUACAUGAACAGCAGCCACAAAAGAAAAAGAAAAAGAAAAACACAAUGAACAAGACAGUAUUCAAUAAAAAUACAUAUCAGAAGGAUGGGCUGCCAGAAAUGAACUCUUCUUGUAGCAUGCACACAUAAUACAAUUUUAUAUUGAUAAUAGUGGUUUUUUGCAAACAUAGGUAAUCAGAAAUGUUAGUGUAGUAAACAGAAACUUUUUAGUUAAGUGGAAGAACCUUUUUCUUGCUAGCAGCUGCUUCUUGCAAAAUCCCACUCCCUCCCUCUCCUCCCAUUAAAGUCAGUUAAUUGUGCACACUCAUCUCUGAAUUUGACUGAAAACUAGAAAGACAAAAUUAACAUGUUUUUAUGCUGUUUUGAAAACAUACUUUUUACACCAUAAAGCUUUUUGUAAUGAUUUGGUAUAUUCACUAAAUCAAUAACCUAUACCUAGGACAGGUUAAAAUCACUUGUUUUUCUACCAAAUCCUUGUCUCAACAGAAAAAAAUAUUUAUUUUUUUUCUAAAUGAUAAGACAUGAAUGCCCUGAUCACAUGAUUCAGUUAAUGGAAGCUGAGUAUGGCCAGAAGAAUUUAAAGUUGUGUUGCUCUGAAAAUAAAGCAGCAAAGUAGCUAUUACGUUCAUUAAAUACCAUUUUCAUGAGUUAAUCAAAGAAAAACCCACUUGCGCCAAUUAAUUUGCAGGAGCAUAAAGUGCUUUGCCCCAAUCCAGAUCUUUUAAGUAAAAAUAUCUCAAGGGCCAAUGAUUCAGUUCUACUCUCAGUAAAACUGUAAACUAAUCUUAAACAGAUUCAGUGUAAAUCAACUUCAAAGUCUGACUAGAGAAAUACAGAAGAAAGCCUAUUGUGAAGUUUAAAACAAUUAUAUAUAUAUAUAUGUACUGUGGUAUUUUUAUCUACUUUUGCCUUACGGCAGCGCGGUGUGCUGUUUCUCAUGCAACUGAGUUUAUAAAGCAAGUUGGAAUCCUGGGAAAGGGCAGGGUGGUGCUGUUCAACAAUGUUUUUUUUCCCCUUAAAAACACAUCACCGUCACUUGUGUAAUUUUUAGGCCUAGUAGAAGGGAGGGCAUUGUAUUAGGGCUAUUCUGUGAAAUUCUAUUUUCACUUAUGAAUGUUGAUGCUGUUAGCUUUUAGUCCUAUUAGCAAUGGAUCAAUAAGAUGAUAAAUAACACAUGGCAAACUACAUAUAUGCAGUGUAGCCUAGCUUCAUUUGGUUCAGUUGCAUAAGGCUGCUUCAUAUAUGUCCAAAGUUUUUCUGUAAAACAUGCCCAAUUGGGAUGACACCUUUUUUAUAGAUCAAUUUGGCACAUUAUUGAUAAAUGGCCCAUCUUAUUGCUGAUUGUAAAAUUGAUGACAAAUCCCCCACCAAUACACUUGUUUGUAUUGUAGGGAAAACUACAAAGUUGAGGUUAUUUGGGGGAGGUAUUCUUUUGAAAAACUCAGUACUAUCAAGUUAAAUCAUAUUUGCAAACCUCAUGCUUUGUUCAAUUUGCACUCAAAAGUGCAUCUUUUGUUUUUAUAAUAGUUUUGUCUCUGUACUUCAGCUUGAAGAAUUUUGUGUGCAUCAACUUAAUAACAGUGAAGGGCUGCCAAUAGAAGAGAAUAUGGGUAGCUCAAGGUUGAACUGUGGCGCCCUUGGGGUU